AUGGCCCAGGGGAUCCCGUUUCGGGGGGCCCUGCUGGUCUCCCUUUGUUUGGUGUUGGUCGAGGCUGGCACCAAUCCUGGCUUUGUGGGCAGGAUCACUGGCAAAGGCUUGGAUUACGCCCGCCAGGAGGGUGUUGCUGCCUUGCAGAGGGAGCUGGCCAGGAUCAAACUGCCUGACUUCUCUGGGUCCUUCAAAGUCAAAGUUUUCGGACAUAUACAUUACAAAUUCUACAGCUUGAAUAUCGAGUCGUUCCAGCUGCCCAGCUCAGCGAUCACACCCAUCCCGAACGUGGGCCUCAAAGUCUCCAUCAAUGCCUUCGCCAAACUCAACGGGGAGUGGCAGGUGAAGAAGAAGAGGCUGCUAAGUGACCACGGCUCAUUUGACCUGGAGAUCGAAGGUCUCUCCAUCUCUGUGGGUUUGAAGCUGGACAACGAUUCUGCCGGGAGGCUCACUGCUACCACCUCUGCAUGCAGUACCCACGUCUCCAACGUCAAAGUGCACAUUCAUGGCAAAUGGAGCUGGUUGUACAAUCUCUUCCACAGUAAAAUCGAAUCAGCUGUAAGAAAGAGCAUGGAAGACCAGGUCUGCCAUGUGGUGUCCAGCUCCGUCAGCUCCAAGCUACAGCCCUAUCUGCAGACGUUGCCAGUCACGGCAAAGAUUGACAAGGUGUCCGGGAUCGAUUAUUCUCUGGUUGGUCCUCCCGUUGCAACAAGCGAUUCCCUGGAUGUGGAUCUGAAGGGCGAAUUCUUUUCCCUGGCUCAUCGUUCUGCAACUCCCUUCCUUCCACCUCCCUUGCCUUUCCCCAUGGAUCAUGACCGCAUGCUUUAUUUGGGGAUCUCCAGUUACUUGUUCAACACAGCCGGUUACGUAUACUACCAAGCAGGCAGCCUGACCUACGAAAUCACUGAUGGCAUGAUUCCCAAGGAGUCUAAACUCCGUCUGAACACCUCCUCCUUUGGGUCCUUGGUUCCACAGAUUGAAAAAUUGUACCCUGACAUGCUCAUGAAACUCAAGGUCUCACCUUCCUCUCCACCGUCUCUGGCCAUUUCCCCUGGGAGCCUGUCUCUUGCACCAACGGUGGAUGUCCAAGCCUUCGCCAUCCUCCCCAACUCUUCCCUGGCUCCCCUGUUCGUGCUGGAUGUGUCAUCCACCAUUUUGGCCACUGUUGCUAUGGAGUCCAAUAAGAUUGUCGGGUCCCUGAAGAUUGGCAAGCUGCAGCUGUCCUUGAAGCACUCUGAUGUGGGGCCAUUCUCAGUGCAAUUGAUGCAGGCCAUCAUGAACUAUUUUGCUGCCACCAUCCUGGUCCCUCAAAUUAAUGCGCGACUGGCACAGGGAUUCCCCCUCCCUCUCCCGGACCACCUGCAGCUGUCCAACCCUGUCCUCCAAUCACAUCAGAAUUUUUUGUUCUUUGGAGCCGAUGUUCACUAUGGUUAG